CAACCCAAACAUUAGCCCAAUCCCAAAAAAAUAUACCCAACCCAAUUUAAAAAAAAGGACCCGGCCCAACCCUUUGUUAUUUUCCCAAACCCUGGCCGCCGCCCCCUCAUCUUCCAUUCGAUCUCUCUCUCUCUACAUUCCAUGGUUUUUCCGAUUUGUUUUUCUAUCGCAUAUGUUCUAUUCUAUGAAUUUCCAGAUGCUAUGAUGCUACACUUCGGAUUCUCUCGCUGGGUAUGUUUUUAAUUAUUUUAUUCCAUCUUCUUCGAUUUUUGGAAAUCUCAAUUUCAAUCAAAAUUAAAUAUUUAUUUUUCUUUAAAUCAUUUACCGAAUCUGGAGCAUGUAUGUGUAUAUAUCUGAAAUCUGUUUUGAUUUAACCAUCCUCUUCGAUUUUUGAAGAUCUAAAAAUCAUCCAAAAUUAAAUAUUCAUUUCUCUUCAAUGGAUUUGAAUGAUCUAUAAUAUGCAUGUCUUUUUCUUGAAAUUUUGGUCGGAUUCCACCAUUUUCUUCUCUGUUUGAAGAUCUAAUUUCAAACAAAAUUAAAUAUUUACUUUUCUUUAAAAGAAACAUCAUUUUUUUUGAAAUUUGGGCCGGAUAUCACAAUUUCAUUCGAUUUUUGAAGAGCUCUUAUGUAUCACAAAAUUAAAUAUUUUUCUUUAAAUGAACUUAGGGAUUUGGAAUAUGCAUGUAUUUUUUUCUAAAAUAUGCUUCGGGUUGUACCUUUAUUAGCACUGAAAAUAUAUAUUUAAUUUAUUAAAAUAUAUAUUUCAUUUAAAAAUUCCAGCUUCUUUAUUCUCGGAAAAAUAUAUUCUAAUCUUCAAAGUAACACGUCAUAAUCAGUUUAUUUUUUUAACAUUAUACAUUUUCAAUUGAUUUUUCUACUCACGUAUGAUUUAGUAAUCUUUGAAAAUGAUUUUUUUAGUAUUAUAUAUUUUGAACUAAUUUUAUUUUUAAAAUUUACACCCACCCAUAUCUAUCGGUGAUAUCAAACAAAGGAACAGAGAGUGGGUCGAUGGAGAAUAAUGUGUAUUGAAAGGUCAAUUGAUGCUGUUUGGAGAGGACACGAAGUAUUUGGGCUACCACCACAACAUAACAAAUGGACAGAACCUGAUAAUAAUGGCAAAGAUAAUGUUCAUGAUGGUAGGGGACAUAAGAAGUUGAAGAGGAGUAAAAAGAGGAGUGUUGUGGAUGGAGGAAUCCAACAAUUUGAGAUAACUCAAUUGAGUGCCAAACUCUUGGCUAAGGAGUUGAAAGGCCUUGAAGCAUAUGAUAUUCCCACAUUGAGUGAACCCUACAUUCCUCCCCUAGAUACAUUUUUUGAAGAGAUUGUGGAUCUUAAUCAAUAUGGAUGCGAUGAGGUAGUCAGUAAUGGCUCAAAGGGGUGUAUUGAAGAUGAUGAUGAAGAAAGUGAUUAUGAAGAUAUAAAAGAGCAUCACAAGAGGGCCGAGGCAGCUUGGGUUGCAAGCCAUAUGCUCAAGGAGUUUAGAAGUAAUAGGGAAAUGAAUGCUGACACUGUCCAAAAGCGAAUGUUGACUAAAUUUAACACAUAUAUUCGUAAUUACACUUGUUGGAGAACCCUGAAGCUCAUGAGGAAUAUGGUUGAAGGAAGAGACGAGGAUGGUUACAAGCUUUUACCUCAAUACUUGGAGCAGAUCACGAGGAUGAGACAGAGUGGUGUUUUUUUCCUGAAUGGACUAGCAGAUGCCCUAGGAUGCCUUGAGGACGCAUCUAAAUACACUAUAAUAUCAGACAGGCAUCAGGCCAUAGUUACAGGGCUACACAAUGUUCUUCCAAAGGCUUCUAGAAGGAUAUGUGUGCUGCACUUUUAUAAGAACUUUGCCUCAAAGUUUUCAGGAGCAUGGUUCCAUUCUUUCUUCUACAUUGUGGCCAACACUUUCUCAGAAUAUGCCUUCAACAGAGCCAUGGACAAAAUUAAAGAGGAGGAUGCAGAAGCAUAUGAGUGGCUUAUGAAAAAUGAGCCACAUGAACAUUGGGCCAGGCAUAAAUUUAAUCCAAGCUUGAAGUGUGAAGAUAACACCAAUAACUUUGUGGAGUCCUUCAACAAGGCAAUUGUAGCACAUAGGGCCAAGCAAAUUCUGCAAAUGUUAGAGGAAAUUAGAAAACUAGUUGGGAAUAGAAUCUAGGCGUCGCGGCGCCCUCCGGAUCUCGCCUUGAUGAUUGGACUCGCCUAAUUUUCAAUUCCUCGCCUAGUCGUUGGUUUUCCGACGACUAGGCGUCCUGG